AAACUUUAAAGAACCGGAUAAUCUUCAGAGACUGAACAGUUUUAUUAGUACAAUGAAACUAAAUCAAAAGCACGUGCCCAAACCAAGAAGGCAAGAGGGGAAAAAAAACCCAAUGACGUAAAAAAAAGACUUCCUGUGAUGUGAUUGAUAAGUUUAAACCUCAGCUCUAUGUCUCAUUCACCGUCUGAGACAUCAGUGGCACCACAGAGCUGAGGUAAUGGCACAUUUACUAAAAUAUCACUGAACUCAUGUCAGCUGGUGAAUUUAUUCAUUAUGAAAAGUUAUAAACUUGAUGCAUUUUAUUUGUUAUUUUCCUAUGACAAGUGUAGUUUACGAAAAGAUAAAUUCUAAUCAAUUGUAAUAUAGAUGAAAUGGUACAAAUUUCAUAAUACUGAAGAAGUAGAUACAUUGUAAUGCAAAAUUCAAAGAGGCUUUAAACAUAUAUGUUUUAUUCAUAUCCACAGAACGAUACCUGUGUUCAAAAAGACAUGAAGUGCUGGCAGCUCCUGUUUGGGCUUUGGUGCUGCGGCAUCCUUGCAGUGACCAGCGGGAUCGAAGCUGAUGUACCGUCAUGGAUGUGUGUGACUGACUAUAUACACAACAUUACUUGUGUCUUCAACAACAUCACUGCUAUUCCAUUGGGAAAGAACAAAACGAACUACAGCCUAUAUUUCAAGGAGAACUCCGAACACAACCCUUCUUGUCCACUUGUGGUGAUGAAUCACAGUUACUACUGUGAAUGUCAACUCAACAAUAAGCUUUGGGCGGAUUAUAAUUCCUAUGAAAUUGACAUUUGUGAUGAAUCUCAAUGCAUCAAUUUAGAAAAUAAAUUUAAUUUAGCAAAUCACAUUCAGCUGAAACCUCCGCCUGAGCUUGUGGUCCAAGAAACAACAGAGACUCUCAACAUUACAUUUAAAAGUCGAUAUGAUAACCAUUUAUACCUUGGUGGUUACCUCAUGUAUGAAAUAUUACUUCAAACACCUGAAAGCAGUGAGAACAAAACUUUUACGGUUCCACCCCAAAAGAAGUUUGAAUCUAUUAAUCGGAAAUUGCACCUGAAAAAUAGUGAAUAUUGCAUUAAAGCAAGAUAUAGACCUCAAACAUAUAGUGAAACUUGGAGUGAAUGGAGUCAACCAACAUGCUGGGAAAACAAAGCAGAAGAAGAACCAGAAACUUUAUUAUUAUUAUUGGCCAAAUAUCUGUUCCCACUGUGUCUGGUUUUGGGAGCUCUGCUGUUUGUAUUCUACAGUCCAGCUGCAAGGAUGAAGAUAAAAACUCUGUCCCACACGCCAUCCCCGGCUCCUUUCUUUCAGCCUCUGUAUCAGCAACAUAAAGGUGAUCUCCAGGAAUGGCUUUCUCCGAAAGGUAAAAAUGUACUAAUGCACAAAGCCGAUGAGGGCAUGAUAAGUGAUAGAGUGGCUGUUGUGCCAAAACCCAACACGAAGGACCCAGAAGAGACCCAGACCUUCCUAAACCCUCCAGUGAUUCAGCUGGCAUUCCCUCAGUGCCAGACCUCCUACGUUGGCCUGCCUGGGAUGGAUAUGGCUCCUGCUCCUAUAGCUAUGGUCUGUCCAGCUAACACCUCUUAUACUCAGCUCCCCUGCUCCGUCUGGGAGAGGGGCAGGGAGGCAGAGAUUGCCUCCUCUCCACCUGAAGAUGUCCUGGAUAUCAGCUGUGUUGACUCUGGCUGCAGCUUUGAGGAUGUGACACAAAGCCCAGAGUGCAGUUUACCAAGCAGUCCUGUUGUUGAGACUCUAGCACCAUGUUACUGUAGUGAUUACUGCAUUCUUAACAAAACAGCUGAAGGUGUUGUUCCUGUUUUACUGUCUAAAGAGAGCAAUGUAAAAGUUUCAUCUGAUUCCCAGCAUGAGCGCGAGAGUUAAAGCAGGAAAUGGUUCUGUCAGUUUGUUUGGAGCCAGAAAAAUUCAUAAGAGUGGUGGCACUGACAGCCACAGCUGUAGACCACAUGGCAGGAGAGAUUCCAUGAAGUGGCUUGAAGCUGGCCAGUUCACUUGUUGCAAGUUGCUGUGUGUUCUUGAUAGCAGCGGGUUUGUGCUUGAACUUCAUACAACAUUUACAUCUGUUCAAAUGUAUGUGAUUAUCAUUUUUUAUGACAAAAACAUAAAAAACACCAUAUAACACAUAGAGUAGGCUUCUGCUUUGGCUGAUUUGCAUAUGUUAACACUUGACGCAUUCUGACUGCAGAAUGUUAAGACGUGAAUGUUUGUGAAUUCCACUAGAGCUUUGGAUGAUAUGAUUUUCUGUAGCUGUAUGGGGAAAGUGUUUUGUUCUGUUUUUUUUUUUUUUAAUUUAAUCUACCUUAUUUGCAAUAUGUUUAUACUUUGCAUUUAGCUUUUACUAAGAAAUCAACAAUAAAAGAGAUAAAGAUCCAUAUCUAUGCUUAAAUCAGUAACUUUGUUCUUGUUUUACUGACUUAUGAGAGAUGUGUUUGGAUCUUUCCUGGAUCAUUAUCCAUCUCCAAGUUGUUGUGCAGGUGAUGCAAAUAUUCAGUGGAAACGAUUGUUUUGAAAUUUUCCUAAGGGAACAAUAAAGUGUAACCUCAA